AUGGACACCAAGGGCCAGAGUAGCAACUUUAAACGAGCCUCCCUCAAACGCACCCCAUCUGGCUCGCAGAAGGCACAAAGAGUUUGGAUUGAGAGGACCUUUGUUAAAAGAGAAUGUAUUCACAAAUUUCCCACCAAGGACCCGAACAGAUGUUCCUGUGGUCAGCUGACAGCGCAGCAUGUGGCCAUCCCUGCUGGUGCCAACUCGCUAGAGGAAGCGAACCAGCUGGUGCAGAUUGACACCCCAAAGGAUAAAUGGAGUGUGAUCAAGCACACCAGGACCUACCCGACCGACGCCUAUGGCUUAGUCGAGUUCCAGGGUGGAGGAUUCAUCAACAAGGCGAUGUAUAUUCGAGUCUCCUACGACACCAAACCUGACAACCUCCUGCAUUUGAUGGUGAAGGACUGGCAGUUGGAACUGCCCACCUUGCUCAUCUCCGUCCACGGAGGUCUCCAGAACUUCGACCUCCAGCCCAAACUCAAGCAAGUGUUUGGCAAAGGCCUGAUCAAAGCUGCCGUCACCACCGGAGCGUGGAUCUUCACGGGUGGAGUCAACACGGGGGUGAUCCGUCAUGUAGGAGAUGCCUUAAAGGACCAUUCCUCCAAGUCACGAGGGAAGGUGUGCGCUAUAGGAAUUGCUCCAUGGGGGGAUCCUGGAAAACAAGAGGAUCUCAUCGGAAAAGAUGUAAACAAACCCUAUCAGACGAUGGCAAACCCCCUGAGCAAGCUGGCUGUGCUCAACAACAGCCACUCCCACUUCAUCCUGACUGACAAUGGCACCUGUGGGAAGUACGGCUCUGAGGUCAAACUCCGCCGGCUGCUGGAGAAAAAGCACAUCUCCCUGCAGAAAAUCAACACGCGUUUGGGUCAGGGGGUUCCUCUAGUAUGUCUGAUAGUGGAGGGAGGCCCCAAUGUGAUCUCCAUCGCACUGGAGAGUCUGAGAGACGAUCCCCCCAUCCCCGUGGUGGUAUGUGACGGCAGCGGCCGAGCUUCCGACAUCAUUUCCUUCGCACACAAGUUCUCAGAGGACGGAGGCCUGGUUAAUGAUGAUGUUAGAGAGCAACUUUUGGUCACUAUUCAGAAGACUUUCAAUUAUAGCAAAAGCCAGUCGCAGCAGAUCCUGCUCAUGGUUAUGGAGUGCAUGAAGAAAAGGGAACUGAUCACAGUUUUUCGAAUGGGUUCUGAGGGACAACAAGAUAUUGAAAUGGCUAUUCUUACUGCCCUGUUAAAAGGUACGGCAGCCGACCAGCUUAGUUUGGCUCUGGCCUGGAACAGAGUGGACAUUGCUCGCAAUCACAUAUUUGUUUACGGACACAAUUUACCACCUGCCGGUGCCAUCGCCAGAACUACAACCUCUGCAGCCCCCCUCAAGAAAAGCAAAAGAGUCCUGCCAGCGCUCCUCGAAACAAAGCACGGGGGAAAGAAGGGAAAGGGGAAGGGAAAGGCAAAGCCUGAACCUCCAGAGGAAACAGACCCGAGGAAGUUGGAGUUGAUUCGUUGGGUGAACUCUCUGGAGCAGGCCAUGAUGGAUGCUUUGGUACUCGACCGAGUGGACUUUGUCAAACUGCUCCUUGAGAACGGGGUCAAUAUUCACCACUUCCUCACCAUUCCCAGACUGGAGGAGUUAUACAACACGAAACUUGGCCCCGCCAAUUCAAUGAAUGGUGUGGUCAGGGAUGUCAAAAAGGGAAACCUUCCUCCAGAUUAGAUCACUGUGAUUGAUAUUGGUCUGGUGCUGGAGUGCUUCAUGGGCGGAGCUUACAGGAGCAAUUACACCAGGAAGGCUUUCCGCAACCUCUACAAUAAUUUGUAUGGACUAAAAAGGCCGAAGGCUCUGAAGCUUCUUGGAAUGGAGGAUGAUGAACCAAGGUCAAAAGGCAAGAAAAAGACAAAAAAGAAGAAAGAGGAAGAGGUGGAAAUUGACGUGGAUGACCCUGAGGUCUGUCGAUUCAAGUUCCCCUUCCAUGAGCUGAUGCUGUGGGCGGUGCUGAUGAAGCGCCAGAAGAUGGCGCUGUUUCUUUGGCAGCGUGGAGAAGAAGCAAUGGCGAAGGCCCUGGUGGCCUGUAAACUGUAUAAAGCCAUGGCCCAUGAGUGCUCUGAGAGUGAAUUGGUGGAUGACAUCUCCCAAGACCUAGAGAACAACUCCAAAGAAUUUGGCCAGCUUGCCUACGAGCUGCUGGACCAGUCCUACAAGCAUGACGAACAGGUAGCCAUGAAACUCCUGACAUAUGAGCUGGUCAACUGGAGUAACUCCACCUGUCUGAAGCUGGCUGUGGCUGCUAAGCAACGUGACUUCAUUGCCCACACCUGCAGCCAGAUGUUGCUCACCGACAUGUGGAUGGGCUGCUUAAGGAUCGGCAAAAAUCCUGGCCUCAAGGUCAUUCUGGGGAUUGUCCUUCCUCCUCUGAUUCUACUGUUGGAUUUCCGUCUUGGAGAUGAUGCAUCCUAUCAUGCACCUGGAGACAAAGAAAAGGGAAAAGAUAAGGAUGAUGACACAAAAUCCAGCAAAGACCCUAAUAAUGAUGCAACUUCCCGAAAGGGGGAUGAAGAGGAGGGCAGCACUAAUGUCCACAAAAUCCCCAUUGGCAAAAGGUUCUUUGAGUUUUAUAAUGCGCCAUUCACCAAAUUCUGGUUCAACACUAUUUGCUACCUGGGAUAUUUGAUGUUGUACAACUAUAUAAUCCUGGUAAAAAUGGAGCGCUGGCCAUCUUUACAAGAGUGGACUGUCAUUGCAUACAUCCUCACACUUGGAUCAGAAAAAGUCAGACAGAUUCUGAUGUCAGAGCCGGGGAAGCUGAAACAGAAGAUAAGUGUGUGGCUGGAGGAGUACUGGAACAUCACAGACCUGGCUGCCAUUAUCACCUUCCUUCUUGGUCUGAUGCUACGGCUGCAGCAUGAACCCUACAUGGGCUACGGCCGAGUCAUCUACUGCAUCGACAUCAUCUUCUGGUACAUUCGCGUAUUGGACAUCUUUGGAGUCAACAAAUAUCUGGGACCCUAUGUGAUGAUGAUAGGGAAGAUGAUGAUAGAUAUGAUGUACUUUGUGGUGAUCAUGCUGGUGGUGCUUAUGAGCUUCGGGGUGGCUCGGCAAGCCAUCCUUCACCCUGAUGAGGAGCCGACGUGGCGCCUGGCCAGAAACAUUUUCUACAUGCCCUACUGGAUGAUUUACGGAGAGGUUUUUGCGGACUCGAUAGACCUCUACGCGAUGGAAAUCAACCCUCCAUGUGGUGAACAUCUAUAUGACGAGGAUGGGAAGAAACUGCCUCCAUGUAUCCCUGGUGCCUGGCUCACACCGGCCAUCAUGGCCUGUUACCUUCUCGUGGCAAACAUCCUUCUGGUUAACUUGCUCAUUGCCGUGUUCAACAACACUUUCUUUGAAGUCAAGUCCAUUUCCAACCAGGUGUGGAAGUUCCAGAGAUAUCAGCUGAUCAUGACGUUUCAUGACCGUCCCAUACUGCCGCCACCUCUCAUCAUCUUCAGCCACCUCUACAUCCUCUUCAACAGGCUGUUUCGGCGGUGUGUCAAAAAGAAACAAGAUGGAGAGCUGGAUGAGAAGGACCGCGGACUCAAGCUCAGGCUGAAUCCAGAGGAGCUCAAAUGCCUGUAUGAGUUUGAAGAACAGUGGUGUGGAGGAAUAUUUGCCGAGAAAGAGGACGAGCAGCAGUCCUCCAGUGAUGAACGCAUCAAGGUUACCUCAGAAAGAGUUGAGAAUAUGUCCAUGCGUCUGGAGGAGGUGAAUGAGAGAGAGAACACCAUGAAGGCCUCCCUGCAGACAGUGGAUCUACGUCUGGCACAGCUGGAAGAGAUCCACGGACGGAUGGCAGUCGCCCUGGAAAAGCUCGCAGGGGUGGACAGACUGGAACUGACCAGAACCUAUUCACGAAACUCCUCUGUCUGUGACCCCCUCUUCCUGUUGCGCCAGGGCAGCAUUAACAGUGCGGAUGGUUACAGUCUUUACCGCUUCCACAUGGACAUGGAGGAGUAUGCAUCGAAGCAGAAGGACACAGAUGAGCCGACACAAAAACUGGAGUAG